AUGGCUCAGGCCGCGGCCUACAUGAGCGCCAAGUUUGAAUCAAACUCGGAGGGCAAAGAUUUUAAGCUUUGCUGGAAAGAUAAGGGUGGCCUAACUGUGGGCGCUGAGUUUGUACGAUUCAAGGAAGGGGUCACAAAGGCACAGGCCAUCGAGUCCGCGAUCGUCAACUGGGACAAAUGUGAGAGGGCAAGGGUUGAAAAAUACAACACUGAACUCAUCAUCGCCCUUGCUCGAAUGAGAAUCGUCCGGUUCGCCCGGGAAGGGACUGCACUGCCCCCCUAUAUCCCACAAGAGUUGCGAGUCAACAACAGGACAAUCAAAUGCAAUCCCACCAGCGACGAAUUCGAAGAGCACUACAACAUAAUCAAGGCAGUCCAUGAGGGGCUGAAAGGUCGCAAAAUUGGCCGGCCCAACCAUAUGAUAAUCUAA